GAAAGACACAAGAAGACAGCUUUUAUACAGGUGGUGCAAGUGGGAGGCAGAGAAAGAAAUGUCAGUGUGAUGCAGCAGGUUUUUAGUAGGGUCACAGUAAAGAUAGUCAGCUUCUGUGAACACACUGAGGUUCAAACUCUGAGUAAACAGAGCCAGGUGUCAGAAAAUUCACUGCCUGCAACUCACAGCUCCUCACUACACAGCUUUUUUUAGAAAGAAAAAAAAAUCCACUCAGCUUUGACUCAACGCUCUUGUAAUGACUUCUUCUCUUCAGACAGAUGAACAGACGAUAAGCUCCACCUGUCGGCUCCCAGCUGAUUAACUCUGCAGGGCUGCCACACAAUUGACUCCUAACGAUGAGAGGCGGAGUUCUUUGCAAACUACACAUAAUCAAUCACGUAUAAAGCCUGAAUCUGAGCCAUAGGUGUUGUUGUUGGAGUUUUGGCUGGUGUGUAGUUACUAAUACCAUAAUGGAGCUUUUCAAGUGUCUGUUUGGUGUUGCGGUAGUGGUUGUUGUUUUGGCUUGUGAAGUUACUGCCCAGCCUCACUGGGCGCUGCCUCUGCAGAAACACCAACCUCUUCUUCCUCCUCAGCAUCAACAGUCAAAGGUCCCUCCACCUGCAGCUCCCUUUGAUAAAUGCCAGGUGGAGCAGAGUGAGAAGAUCCAGUGUGGGACUCGAGAUAUCACCACUGAACAGUGUGAAAAAAUAAACUGCUGCUUUGAUGGGCGGCAGUGCUACUACGGGAAAGCAGUGACUGUGCAGUGUACCAGAGAUGGCCAGUUUGUGGUGGUUGUGGCUCGAGAUGCCACUGUGCCGCACAUAGAUGUGGAUUCAGUCAGCCUGCUGGAAACAAACGAUCCCUCUUGUACUCCUGUUGACUUCACCUCUGCUUAUGCCAUCUUUCAGUUCCCUGUGACUGCAUGUGGCACUACAAUUAAGGAAGAAGAGGGUUAUGUGGUGUAUGAGAACCACAUGUCUUCCUCAUACGAAGUGGGAAUUGGACCCAGAGGAGCAAUCACCAGAGACAGCCAUUUUGAGUUAUUGUUCCAGUGUCGAUAUUCUGGCACGGCUGUCGAGGCUCUGGUCAUGGAGGUGAACGAUGUUCCUCCACCUGUGCCGGUCGCUGCUGCAGGACCCCUCAGAGUGGAGCUGAAACUGGGCAACGGACAGUGUCACUCAAAGGGAUGUGUGGAAGGUGAGCGGUGCUCAUACCAAUACCAGCUAGUUCAGAAUCGCUGUACUAAAACCACUAUUUUGAUUGCAGAAGAGGCAGCGUAUGGCUCCUUCUACACUCAAGAAGACUACCCAAUCACUAAAGUUCUGAGGGAACCAGUCUAUGUCCAGGUGAACAUCCUGGAGAGGUCUGAUCCAAACAUCGUCCUGAACCUGGAGCACUGCUGGGCCACUUCCACCCCCAAUCCUAACAGUCUGCCACAGUGGGAUAUUCUGGUUGAUGGGUGUUCCUACCAUGAUGACCGUUACUUGACCACAGUGGUGCCUGUGGAUGGAUCGUCUGGACUCCAUUACCCAACUCACUACAAGCGUUUUGUCAUUAAAAUGUUUACAUUUGUGGAUCAAAACACCUUCACUCCUCAGAAAGAGACGGUGUUCAUCCACUGUGCUACAGCAGUGUGUUAUCCCAGCAGCACAAACUCUUGUCAACAGCAAUGCCACAGGCAACGAAGAGCUGUAGCUGCAGUGAGGAAAGUUUCCUCAAGUCAGAGGGCUCUAGUCUCAAGCGGUGAGGUGAUCCUGACCGAGCCGAGGGCUCCAUCUGCUUCCAACACCAAAUUGAAGAGAUGACACUCGACUGGCAGCCAUAUCUGGCCGUGACUUUUAAUAAAAGCUCAUGCUCACAA